UGUUUUGACCCGGCCGCCGCGCCGUAGGCCGCGCUGCAAGCCUGGGAGCCGCGAUGGCGAACGUGUCCGAGAGGACGUUGCAGCUGUCGGUGCUGGUGGCCUUCGCCUCCGGAGUGCUCGUGGGUUGGCAGGCACACCGGCUGCGGCGGCGCUACCUGGACUGGAGAAAGAAGAGGCUGCAAGACAAGCUGGCGGCGACGCAGAAGAAGCUGGACCUGGCCUGAGAUCCCCGCACUGUCGGUCCCCGCCGGCCACCGUGCGGCCACCUCGCCUCUCCGGUGCGGGGCUCCAGCCGAAGCCAGGCUCGCCUCACUCUCUCCGCCCGCGGUGCCGGGCUUUUGCCGGAGUCGCUUGUUGAAGAUGGAUAUAGAGAACUGGACAGAAAUAGUUUCUCCUUGCACUUUAUGAAUCAAUUUUAUUUUUAAAAUAAAAAAAAUUAAACAUAUUU